UACACUGGUAUUUUUUUUAUAAGAAAGAAAAAAAAAAAAGAUAUUAGUUACAUUUAAAAUGAAAUAAAUGGCAAGAGUUAACCAAAACAUAAAAAAACGCGAACAGACUAAUGCAUGAGUGGGGGAAAAGAAGAAAAGAAAUGAUAUUAAGAAGAAACCGCCAAUUUUAAAGUGUGAGAGAGAGUUGCAGUAACCGCCAGGCAAGGGUGAGUUUGUACAUAUGCCCUCUGAUCUGCCUCCAUCGUUGAUCCUGCGACCCUCAAAGAAAUAUACAAUACAUGCAAUUAUUGCAACUGCCCAGGGAUGAACAACAUCGUCGACAACUCCUCCUGGGCUCAUUCUGGUUCUCCCAACACAGAUCGUGCAUGCGUGGUUACGGAUGGUGUUGAUGUUGCGGCUUCGUCUUCUUCGUCGUGUGAUCAUCUUAUUCGGAGGCGCAACCCUAGAAAGAAGAUCACAAAAUUGAUGAGGGUAAUGGAGGAAGGGGUGAAGGUCAAGGGGAAGGGUGGUUGCAAGAAGCCUGAUCCUGAGGCCCCAAAGAUCACCCGUCCCUGCACCGAGUGCGGCAAGAGAUUCUGGUCCUGGAAGGCUCUCUUCGGCCACAUGCGCUGCCACCCAGAGCGCCACUGGCGAGGGAUCAAUCCUCCCCGCACCCUCAUCAGACCACCACCGCAAGAAGACGUGGGCGUCACCUUCACCCCGGAGGACCACGAGGUUGCGGCGUGUCUACUGUUGCUGGCGAGUGGGAAGGGGAAGGAGAGGGCCAAUGAUGACUACGACAACAUAGUAGUGGACAACGUGGUGGACGAGGAGGAACAAGAACAAGAACAGGAGCGGUUCGAGUGCUCCAGUUUCAACAACGCACUUGGAGGAGGCCAUAACUGUAGCAUAACUGCACCCUCCCCCACCCCCGUUGACCUCCAUCAACAACACCACCAUUGCUCUUUGGAUUUGAGGUUGGGUCUUAAUUAGUGUAACCCUACCCUACUGCUGCCCCUUUCUUUGUCUUGUCUAAUUUUCUGUGUAUCUUAGGCACUAGUUAGCCUAUCCUGUUAAUUCACUAUCACACAAUUCAUGAUGUCGUGCUCCGAUACUCUCUAUACACACACUAGUUCCCUGCCAAAUCAAUAUAUACAUUCAAUUCCUUCGCUUAAUUCUCUUUCAUUAUUACUUAUCUCAAUACUCAUCUCAAGCUUUAUUCAUUUAUUAUUAUUCAUUUCUUAUAAAACACACAUGUUCAUUAACAUUGAAUUGAGCUACGAUUACCACUAAUAUAAUUCAGAAAUGUUGCCUUAUAUUAUAGCUUUACAUGAUUGUUUACCACAUUUAAUUUAUUACAUCACAAAUAAACAUAAUGGUUAGUUGUUGGUGGGCACGCAAUCCUGAUACAUAUGGUAGUCCGGAGGAAUUGGUACCUUCAUGAGCAGUGACAUUUAUGGCUUCACACUAAUCAUCGUUACAUGGAGAGAAUGGCCUGUAAGACUUGUACCCUAACAAUCCUUAGCUUUAGAGUGAUCUCUUUAUUGGUUUACAUUUUUUUUCUUUGCUCACGAUAUUUUUGUUGCUGGCCAAUGAAUUACCGGUAUAUAUAUAAGACGGAAUUCA